AUGCGUCUGCACUCGCAUGGCAAUAACUAUGUUGGGAGCGUCCACUGGGCUCCCGUCCUCGAUAGCAUCUCAGAGCUUAGGGACCAUUACGAAGAGGAAGAGGAGGCUAGGAUGCUAGCCACCAAUGACCACAUGCGGCAUCAUGUCGGUGGUCCCCGUCUGCUAUACGAACCCGUCCUAGCCACGAAAGCCGAUCUUGUCGCUUCAAUCCCGGCCCGGCCAGUGGUAGACCGUAUGGUGGCACGAUACUUCAAUGCUCGGGGUGUUGUACCCGAAAUAGUCCAUAGUGGUCGCUUUCUCCAAGAGUACGAGAGGUUCUGGCUGGAACCGGCUGCGGCGUCGUAUAUCUGGAUUGGUCUCUUAUGUAGCGUCAUGUGCCUCUCCACACAAUACCAACAGUGGAUCGGGGAUUCGGCAGAUCCGGAGACUCCAGUGCGCGUGCAGCUGUUUCAAGAACAGACCGUCCACUGUCUUGUCCUAGGCCAGUACACUAGAGGCGUUGACUACGUCCUAGAAACAAUAAUCAAUUAUCUCGUCAGUGAGACAUUCCUGUCUCAAGACGAUGAUAUUGGAAUAUGGCUUGUGCAUGGUAUGCUUGUGCAGCUCGCCUUGAGUCGAGGCUACCACCGGGACCCACGGAAUUUCUCCAAGACCUCCAUUUUCGCCGGCGAGAUGAGGCGGCGCGUAUGGGCCGUCAUCGUGCAGAUUGAUUUGCGUCUCUCGGGCCAGAUGGCGCUUCCACGCCUUCUCAAGUUGCAACAGUAUGACACAGCCGAGCCUCGCAACCUCCUAGACACGGACUUCAAUGAGGACACGGUCGAGCUACCACCUUCGCGUCCCGAGACCGAGAUCACGCCCGUGCUCUACAGUCUAGCCAAGAACAGAAUAGACAAGAUGAAUGGUCCGGUCAAUGACACCCAGGAGCACCCGUACACUGAGAUUAUGGAGCUACAUCACAAGUUAGAAAAGCUUGGAGAUUCACUGCCGCCCGUUUUUAAGUGGCAGCCUCUCAGCCAGUCGUUUAUGGUACAGCCGCAGAUUGUGAUGCACCGCGUGCUGCUCCAGCUGUCAAUACAGCGGACGGUUAUCUGGCUACAUAGAAAAUAUCUUGCGCCUUCCUACACGCAGGCGCACUAUGCAUCCUCACGGAGCGCCUGCAUCCAAGCUGCCAUCAAGAUUCUUGAGCUCCAACAGAUAGUGGAGGAGGAGACACAACGAGAUGGACUUCUGUACCCGGUACGGUGGAUGUUUAUGUCUUCGCGAUUGCGGGCCGUCUUCCUACUAGGUAUAAGCAUCCUCUGCUACUACGUACAGCUGGUCAAGUCCAGCCCCGACGUCUCCUUGGACCAGGACACGGGCACUCUGAUUCACACUCUGCUGUGCGACACGUAUCCCCUAUGGCUGCGCUUGAGCACCGUGCCUCGGGAUGUCCAGCGGGUAGUCGAGCACCUAAGAGCUUUGCUGGGGCUAACGGGGGGUCAAGAAGGCGUCGCACGGCUGGCCAGCUUUCCCACUGUCGUCUCUUCUCUAUUUAUGACGCCUCAGGAUGCUGCCGAGUCGCUGGACCAGUUCAGGAACCAAAUUUACGAAGGUAACCGAAUGAAAUAG